AUGAGGAACCUUCUCCUCAGAGUGAGGAACCUUGUCCUCAGAGUGAGGAGCCUUGUACUCAGAGUGAGGAGCCUUGUCCUCAGUGUGAGGAAAGUUUUCCUCAGAGUGAGGAACCUUGUCCUCAGAGUGAGGAACCUUGUCCUCAGAAUGAGGAACCCUGAACUCAGAGUGAGGAACCUUGUCCUCAGAGCGAGGAACCUUGUCCUCAGAGUGACGAACCUGACUUCCGGGUGAGGAACCUUGUCCUCAGAGUGAGAAACCUUGUCCCCAGGGUGAGGAACCUUGUCCUCAGUGUUAGGAACCUCGUCCUCAGAGUGAGGUACGUUCUAAUGAGGGUGAGGAACCUUGUACUCAGAGUGAGGAACAUUGUACUCAGGGUGAGGAACCCUGUCCUCAGAGUGAGGAACCUUGUUUUCAGAGAGAGGAACCUUAUCUUCACAGUGAGCAAUCUUGUACUCAGAAUGGGUAACCUUGUCCUCAGAGUGAGGAACCUAGUCCUCAGAGUGAGGAACCUUGUCCUCAGAGUGAGGAACCUGGUCCUCAGAGUGAGGAGCCUUGUCCUCAGAGUGAGGAGCCUUGUCCUCAGUGUGAGGAAAGUUUUCCUCAGAGAAAGGAACUUUGUCCUCAGAGUGAGGAACUUUGUCCUCAGAAUGAGGAACCUUCUCCUAUGAGUGAGGAACCUUGUCCUCAGAGCGAGGAGCCUUGUUCUCAGUGUGAGGAACGUUUUCCUCAGGGUGAGGAACCAUGUCCUCAGAGUGAGGAACCUGACUUCAGAGUGAGGAACCUUGUCUAG